GUGUUUCCGUGGACUAGCUGAGGCCACAAAGGGAUGGCAGCUUUUCAAAGGCACACAGGAAAUGUUUUUGGAGUGGUGCAUAUCCAGACUUUUAAUGUUGAGGCACCAUGCCAGACCGUGGAAGAUUUAACGAAUGGGGUUGUGAUGGCCCAGGUUCUCCAAAAAAUAGAUCCAGCUUACUUUGAUGAAAACUGGCUGAACAGGAUCAAAACAGAAGUAGGAGAUAAUUGGAGGCUAAAGGUAAGCAACCUGAAGAAAAUUUUAAAAGGAAUAUUGGAUUACAACCAUGAGAUUCUAGGGCAACAGAUUAAUGACUUCACACUUCCUGAUGUUAACCUGAUUGGAGAGCAUGCUGAUGCUGCGGAGCUUGGGAGAAUGCUUCAGCUUAUUUUGGGAUGCGCUGUGAAUUGUGAACAGAAGCAAGAGUACAUCCAGACCAUAAUGAUGAUGGAAGAAUCAGUGCAACAUGUUGUCAUGACAGCCAUUCAGGAGUUGAUGAGUAAAGAGUCUCCAGUCUCUGUUGGAAAUGAUGCUUACGUUGACCUUGAUCGGCAGCUGAAGAAAACUACAGAAGAAUUAAAUGAAGCACUUGCAACAAAAGAAGAAAUUGCCCAGAGAUGUCAUGAGUUAGAUAUGCAGGUUGCAGCUCUUCAGGAGGAGAAGAGCAGCUUGCUUGCCGAGAACCAGAUUUUGAUGGAACGUUUAAAUCAAUCUGAUUCUAUUGAAGAUCCCAACAGCCCUGCAGGUCGUAGGCAUUUGCAGCUGCAGACACAACUAGAACAACUCCAAGAGGAAACAUUCAGGUUAGAAGCUGCCAAAGAUGACUAUCGAAUACGCUGUGAAGAACUAGAAAAGGAAAUUGCUGAAUUGAGACAACAAACAGAAGAGCUUACUACAUUGGCAGAGGAGGCUCAGUCUUUGAAGGAUGAGAUAGAUGUACUCAGGCAUUCUUCUGAUAAAGUAGCCAAGUUAGAAAGCCAAGUAGAGUCAUACAAAAAGAAAUUGGAAGACCUGGGUGAUUUGCGACGGCAAGUGAAACUCUUAGAAGAGAAGAAUACAAUGUACAUGCAAAAUACCGUGAGCCUGGAAGAAGAACUAAGGAAGGCCAAUGCAGCACGCAGUCAGCUGGAAACAUACAAGAGACAGGCAGUUGAACUACAAAACAGGUUAUCUGAAGAAUCCAAGAAAGCUGAUAAAUUAGAUUAUGAAUGCAAGCGACUGAAAGAAAAAGUAGACAGCCUCCAAAAAGAAAAAGAUAGAUUAAGAACAGAAAGGGAUUCUUUGAAAGAAACUAUUGAAGAGCUUAGAUGUGUACAAGCUCAGGAGGGUCAACUCACCACUACAGGAUUGAUGCCUCUGGGAAGACAAGAGCCUUCAGACAGUUUAGCAGCAGAAAUUGUUACUCCUGAAAUAAAGUAAGCUAAU